AUGGCUGAAGAUCUAAGAUUUACCACUAUAGCCAAAAAGUUCUUGGCAUUAUAUAGAAGCAGGGUUGUAACCAAAUUUCGAGAUGCCUCGGAUGGUUCUCGGUUUCAAGCACUAUUGAGGUCUAACCAAUUCGCAAGACAACUUCAGGGUAUGGCCCAAAACUUGUGCCAUCGGUACGAAAACGACAUGUGGCAGGCUCACGUGCUGGACACUAUUGAUUUAGAUACCAUAUAUUCCAACGUUGACUCUACGGAGGGUAAUGAAGAUGACUACACUGACCGCCUUGUGAAAGAACUGUUACGCUACUUUAAGAACGAUUUCUUCAAAUGGUGCGACAAGCCCGAAUGCAUCACAUGCGGUUCAUCGCAAGAUCAAUGUCAUGCAGGUAUCAGUCAACCUACUUCUGAAGAGGCUCAGUAUGAUUGUGGGACUGUUGAGAUAUUUAAAUGCCAAAAAUGUGGAAGCCUGACGAGAUUUCCUAGGUACAAUGAUCCGCUUAAGCUGUUAGAAACAAGAAAGGGUCGCUGUGGUGAGUGGUGCAACCUGUUUCUCCUUUUCCUGAAAUCUUUUGGAAUCGAGUCUCGUUACAUUUGGAACCGCGAAGACCACGUAUGGUGCGAAUUUUAUUCUAAGAACCUCAAACGUUGGGUUCACUUGGAUUGCUGUGAACAGAGCUUUGAUCAACCUUAUAUCUACUCUAUUAACUGGAACAAAAAAAUGAGCUAUGUGGUCGCUUUUGGACGAGAUGGUGUUGUUGAUGUUAGCAAAAGGUACAUUCUGAAGAAUGAAUUACCUCGAGAUCAAAUAAAUGAAGAUGAUUUACAAUUUGUCCUCAACUUCAUUACGAAACAUUUGCGGUUCAAACUGACAGAUGAAGAAGUUUAUCAACUAGCGUGCCGUGAUGAACAAGAAAGGCUCGAGUGGAUCUCGUCCACCGGGCAAGAAACGAAAACUGGUAGUAGCCCUCAUGGCAGAGAAAGUGGAUCUACUGCAUGGAAAAAGAGCAGGGGAGAGGAUGGGAAUACAUAG